UGCUUUCAUUGUUUUCACCUGUGUCAGUUGGUUCCACCUGUGUCUCGUUGUCUCCCCUACCUGAGUGUAUUUAGUCUGUGUUCUUCCUUUGUUUUGUGUCAGAUCGUUGUACUCUGUGCCCUGCGUUUGUUCCCCUGUUCUGUGUUUUUCCAGUGCCUCUGUGCUCCUUGGAUUUUUAUGGAUUAUUCAUUGUUUGGAUUUAUCUGGUUAGAAAUAUUUCUUGGUUGGAUUUUACCUGGACUUCUCAGCCGCUCUUGUUGAGUUGUGUUGUUUUGCCAUUUUAGUAAGUAAUAAACUCAUCUUGUGUCCUUCAACCUGCCUGACUAGAGUCCUGCAUUUGGGUCCUCUUUUGAACUGAACUUGACAGUACGAUGUGACCAUAAAAUGGACCCAGCAGACACCAUGUCAGACGAACAUUUUGAACUAAUUAGUGACCUGGAGUGCCUUGGGGAUAUGUGGCGGUCGGGGAUUACCAUAGAGAGGCAAUCUGCGCCCUGGCCCAUGGGAAAUUGUCCUCUCGGCCUUGGCUAAGAUACUUUCUCUGUGCCCCCAAGCCUCAGCCCCAGGCCCUCAGUCCUCCACCAACCAGCCAUUAGCCUGCACUCCGGCCUGCUAGCCAGCCAGCUAGCAUCCAGCCUGCACCUCAGCCCAUUCCUGUCUUGGAGGCACCUUCUGGAAAACCUGCUCCCUGAACUCUUUUUGCUGCAGCAGUCACACAAUCCCCCUGAGCUGCAGCUGCUCCCUGAACUCUCUGUGCUGCGACAGCUCCCUGAACUGCAGAAUCACAGCAGCCAUCUCCUGCUCCGGUUAGGAGCCAUCUGAUUUUCCUGACAACCAUAGAGCUUACCUCUUUGUGCAAUUGGGCCUAAAACAUAGAAAAUAGAGAUACCUAGCAUAAGUGCUUCUGUUUUUGCUGCACACAUAUUUGAGGGAUGCUAAUCUUUUUAUUAAACACAUAAACACACUACCUAGUAUACACCUUCGUCUGAAAGAUAUCAGCUGGUGCCUUUUUUGUUUGUUGUACUGAUGUACUUUGUUUUUUAAUAAACUUUAUUUAGUAUGUCACUCUUGGAUGUAGGGAUGUCAAACGGGUGACACAACCAUAACAGACAUCUGUUCCAUCAGUGUUGCUGUGUACAGAGACGACUCAUACAUAGAAGUAUAAGAGUUAAAAUACUAAAACUAAAUUAACCUGAGUCAGUUCAAUUAUAUGGACAUAGACAAUUUAGAAUACAAUAAAGGAGAGUUAGCAGCUAGUGCUGAUAGUGAGGAUGAUCUUUGAUGACAUCACUGCAUAAAACAGAGGCCAUAAUUGUAACUAACUAAUACUAACUAAUAACUGUACCAUAAUUGUUUAUUUUAAUGACAAAAUAAUGUCAAAUUUAACUACAUCAAAAUAAUUAUUUAAACAGAAUUUUAGUACAGUUACCUGUCAUGUAUUGCGCUUCCUCUGUGAUCUGGGCCCAUAUUUAUCAAGCUUCUCAAAGUGCCAUUUUAGUCUUAUGUGCUGAGAAUUGAUGAAAUUUACUCCUACUUUCAAACUUAAGUAUAAAUGCAAGUUAUCAAAUUUCUUAAAGAUAAGAAUCACUCUUACUCUCCCAGUAAGGGCUUGUGAUGGCACUGUGGAGUCAGAGACAUGCACAAAUAUUUCAGGAGAGGAAGAAUGUUUUUGAAUUGUUUGACAACGCGCAGUUAAUCAAACGGUAUCAUGUAGACAGAGCAGGCAUCAUCUUUGUCAGCGAGUUGGUGAGGGACGUCAUCUCACCACUGACAUUACGCAGCAAUGUGUUUUCAGCUGAAUUGAAGGUGGUGAUGACGCUUUGUUUCCUUGCCACAGGAAAAAUGCAGCAAUGCCAUGCUGAUGAUUUGGGGCUAUCACAACCAUCAAUAAGCCGAACUAUCAUGGAAACAAUUAUGGCACUUUCAGCUCCACACAUUGUCACGCGUUUCAUCGACUUCCCAACAACACUCCGAGUAAUCCAACAGAAGCAAACACAAUUCAUGCAAAUAGCCAGCUUCCCAGGAGUAAUAGGCGUAAUUGAUGGCACUCAUAUAAAGAUCACUGCUACCAGCGUAAACGAGAAUGUUUAUGUGAACAGGAAGAGGUACCACAGCAUCAACACACAAGUUGUGUUUGAUGCAGACUACAACAUUUUGGAUGUGGUACCCAAAUGGCCUGGGGUUACCCAUGAUGUGCGGAUAUUGAAUGAAAGUGGCCUCAAGCAGCUUUUUAAAAGGCACUUUGUGCUGCCUAGGUGUCAUCUAAUAGGAGAUAAAGGAUACCAUUUACGCCGGUGGCUGCUCAUCUCUUUCCAUAUGCCAGUAACAGAAGCCCAAAUCAACAGGGCACAUCGUAUCACAAGAAGUGUGGUGGAGAGAGGAAAUGGCCAGUGGAAGCGAAGAUUCCACAUUCUACACUCCCCUGAAAGAGUGUGCCGCUUUUGCUGAGAAUGUUGUACCAUUUCUUCUCGCAGUCAGAUGGUGACCAUGUGCAUGAGAUGGAGAUGUCCCCUUUUUCUGGUCAGUGCUGGUUAAUGUUGGGCUGAACUUGCCUUGCCUUUCUUCUGUUGGACAAAUUCAGCAAGCAGCAGUGCUUCUUCUUCCCUCCAGUUUGGUUUUCUUUUAGAAUCCAUGUUGGCUAUGAUUACAUCAUAAAAUCUAAGCUAUACAUAGGCAGGUCAGUUAACAGCACACCGGUUUAAAAUUUGUAAUUAAGAAA